AUGUCGCCUCCCCAUUCGCCCAAGAACAUCUCCCUGCCCAGCAUCAACGAGCUCUUCCCAGAACACCUCAUGGCGAAGCCACCGUCGCCUAUACAGAGAUACCCGUCCUCGUCAUGCAGAACGAGCCCAACUUCGCAUUACGCACCCGAACCGAAUUUUAACUAUCCUGAUGUUGUGGCGUCUAGCUCGAAUGUCCCCGACUCCUACCGAAAUACCGUCCCCGGUGCGUUCGGAUAUGCGGGCUGUGGCCCCGAUCAGAGCAUGUCCUUGGUUACGAAAGCGAAGCCUACAUUCCGAGUGGAGCUUCGCGUGUCCGAGCACGGACUGUCCGUCCCUCCGUACGAACGGUUCCCACGCCCCGACGAGCACAAGACCCCUGCGCCCUACCCUCCCAGCUUCUCAGCGAACCCAUACCUGUCCGGCGGGGCGGUCUCUGCGGGCAGCAGCCAAGGUCUACGUGGUCCCCAGUCGCCGCAAGACGGGCCACCAGGGUCUGAGGAGAAGCGUCACUGCUGCCCGCACUGCAACAAGCGCUUCAACCGGCCGAGCAGCCUGAACAUUCACGUCAACACCCACACCGGCGCGAAGCCGUUCGUGUGCAGCUACCCGGGGUGCAACCGUAGGUUCAACGUCAACUCGAACAUGCGUCGGCACUACCGGAACCACCUCACCUCCCGCCGGCGCGAUGCCGUCGCGCGGCUGAUUCAGCAUCCCUCUGGCUCAGCCCACUCGCCGCCCCUCUCGGCCUCGCCGUCGCGCUCGCCCGAGCCAGUCUACUCCCCAGGUUCAAGCUACCGCUACUCAUUGGCGCCCUAUCCGCUCGAGCACUCCGCGUCCUACUCAGACCCUGAGGAGUACGACACCGGCCGCUCGCCGCCCCCCAACAGCACGCGUCACCACCCAUACGCCCGCCCGCCGUCCCCGCCGUCCCCGCGCUACGCGGCCAACGUCAAGCGCGAGACGCCCGAGCCCGCCCUGCCCGUGGGCGUGCCCGAGUCGAACCUUCGAGAGGACCGAGACCGCGUCCAGUGCCGCCUGCGCUCGAACUCGUCCCCCAUGCCGCGCUACCGUGAGGAUCGCACCCUGCGCCAUGCCGAGCCCGUCUGCGACCGUCCCGGGUGCUCGUGCAACGCCCGCCCCGUGUCGACGGCGCUCCGCCCUGCAUUCCCCGAGUACUUGCCUCCGUCGCAGGCCGGCGGCGAGCGCUCGCGGCCGUAUGGGCCAUGA